CGAACGUGUCUUCGGCGUGCAACAAUGUGAGAGUACCGAUGGGAGCCGACAUGCACGGUGGCGGCUGUACCGAUGUGGUUGCCGCACGUAUUGCGGAUGAAGUGCUCUAAGCCGAAUGUUUUAUCCACAUGAGGACAUAACGGCCGCGGUCGUGCUCAAACAUUGGCACUCAGAUUCAAUGAUAGUCUUUCCUCACUGAGGCAUUAAUGUUCCUAUCCAAAUAACAAUCGCCAUGAACGAGUACGAUCUAGUUAUCACCAAUGGCGUCUGUGUCACGGCAACCGACAUUGCCCCAUACGAUAUUGCAAUCAAAGAUGAAAAGAUUGUUCUUCUUUCGCCAUCGGGCUUCCUGAAGGGCGCAAGAACCACGAGAUUGAUCGAUGCUGACGGUGGAUAUGUCAUGCCCGGCGGUAUCGACUGUCAUGUGCAUCUGCAAGAGCCGAGUCUCUUCGGGAAGGGGUCUUCCGCAGACAGCUACGAGACAGGAACUCGGUCCGCUAUUGCUGGAGGCAACACAACUAUAGUUGCUUUCGCUCCCCAGCAGAAGACUGAGGACUCCGUACUGAAAGCUCUGGAAAAUACUCACAAGCUGGCGACGGGCAACAGCUAUUGUGACUAUGGACUGCAUCUUUUAGUCUCGAACCCUUGUGCGCAAGCUCUAUCUGAAUUCAAGGAAUUGGCCACAACCGAGGGUGUAACAUCGUUAAAGAUUUAUAUGACUUAUGCCGCUCUGCAACUGCGAGACAAUGAAAUCUUGUCGGUCCUGCUGGCUGCCCGUCAGAACCACAUCUUGACGAUGAUUCAUGCAGAGAACGGUGACGUCCUGGAUUGGCUGACCGACCAGCUCGAGUCCCAAGGAAAGUUUGCUCCAAAGUAUCAUUCGAAUUCACGACCGCCUUUGCUCGAGUCGGAGGCCACCAAUCGAGCAAUCGCGCUUUCAUCACUCAUCGCCAACACGCCGAUCCUGUUGGUACAUAUUAGCGACCCAGCAGCCGCUCUUCGCAUCCGCCAGGCCCAAACAGCCGGCCAGCCCAUUUUUGCUGAGACCUGCCCUCAGUACUUGUUACUGACCCGCGAUGAUCUGGACAAGCCAGGGUUCGAAGGGGCAAAGUGCGUUUGCUCACCGCCGCCGCGGAACGUGGAGGAUCAACUGCAGAUAUGGAAAGGUCUCAAGAACGGCACGUUCGCGGUGCUGAGCUCCGAUCACUGUCCUUUCCGAUAUGAGGACAACGUAACGGGCAAGAAGACCUGUAUCACACCUGAGUAUCCCGUCGGCAAGUUCAGGUAUAUCCCGAAUGGCCUACCGGGUAUUGAGACGAGGCUGCCACUGGCCUUUUCAGCGAGGAAGCUCGCGCUUAACAAGUUCGUAGAAGUGAGCAGCACGAACGCGGCCAAGCUCUAUGGGCUUUACCCCCGGAAGGGGAGCAUAAUCCCCGGUGUGUCCGAUGCCGACCUGGUGAUCUGGUAUCCGAACGGCAAGCUGGAGGCCCUCGAGGUCACCAACAGUAUGCUCCACCAUGCCGCGGAUUACACGCCGUACGAGGGCCGUAGGGUUGAUAACUGGCCGCGAUAUACCAUCCUACGAGGCAAGGUGGUCUGGGACAGAGAUGGCGAAGGCAUUGUGGGCGCAAAGGGGUACGGUCAAUUCAUUAAGAGAACUCCAGGCAUCCUGAAUGAUAUCUGGCAAACAGUAGAUGAGGACGGGGCAUUUGAUCUCGAAAACCUCUAAAUGGUGUGAGCGACCGAGAAUCCUUUCGUGUAUUAAACUCUGAUGAGGCUCACCGGCUACGCCCUCUUCCUAUUCGCUCUGUAUGAACCCCCCCUUAUGGUUCCUGGUAAACUUUGAGUGACUUGAUUGAUUAUAGAUAAUUAUUGAUUCAAACUUCCUUACAAAGGACCUUCUAUCAAAAUUCUUAAAAUCGGAGGCUAAGGGAAACAAAUGACCAGGGUCUCCUUGAUGCGAUCGGAUUAGGUCAUCAUACCACAUCAUUCCCACACAUCUCUAAGAUGUCCUAGCAAUGUCGGAAAGACCCGAAGAAAACAGAGCCGUAGUCAUGAGAAACCCCGUAUCAUCUCAUACAUUCCUCGUAAAAUCCCACGCCACUUAUCCGUGAAAUCGGAUCAUGCCGUUCGGGGAGGAAGACGUGUGUGGGGUAUCGGCAGAGUCAGGAGUUGGAGUGAUUUUCAGAGUUGCCUGAAACUUUUUAUGUGCG